UGUGCAUUAUUGUGUUAAUUCAUUAAACCAACGAUCUUUCAAUUUGAAACAAGACAUUUGACUCAAAUGAUUAAUACGGAUCGUUCAGUAAAACCCGAGUUCGAACUCUAAAUUACCAGUCCCCCUUUUUUCGGGAACCAGAGGGUUAAAAAAAAAUCUUCCAACUUGAGGAGGAAUCUUGAUCCCUCAAACUUUGCAUACAUCAAAAAAUGUCAAGGAUAAUAAGGGCAUGCGCCUAAUGCAUCUAAACCCUCACCAAAAUUGAAUUUAUCCCAAAUUAAAAAUGAAUCUCAAGAGUAAUGGCAAUGAAGAAAAUCAUGUGUAUCAAGCUCAAAUCCAUUUAUUCAAACAUAUAUACAGCUUUUUAAGUUCCAUGGCACUCAAAUCUGCAGUGGAGCUAGGUGUAAUAGAUGUAAUCCACAAACAUGGAAAGCCUAUGACUCUUUCUGAAUUAGUCUCAUCUUUGAAACUCCACCCUUCUAAAGUUAGUGUCUUUUAUCGCUUCAUGCGAUUGUUAACACACAAUGGUUUCUUCGCGAAAACAACAGUGUUGAAAGCCAAAGAAGACGGAGACGAUGAAGAAGAUGAAGAAGUAGAAGAAGAAGAAGAAGAAGAAGAAGAAGAAACAACUUAUGCACUCACACCUCCUUCAAUGCUUCUCAUCAAUGGUGAGUCACCUUGUUUUACAACAAUUAUCAAUGGACUUUUUCAUCCAUCAGUUAUGGAUAUGUGGCACUCUUCUAAGAAAUGGUUUGGAGAAGAGAAUGAACAAGCACUCUAUGAAAGUGCAAAUGGUGAAACAUUUUUUAACUUUCUUAACAAAGAUUCUGAAGCAUAUAUACUUGGUAUGUUUCAAGAAGCCAUGGCAGCUGAUUCUCAAAUGAUGAAGUUUGCACUUAAGGAUUGUAAUCAUGUGUUUGAGGGUUUGGAGUCUUUGGUUGAUGUUGCUGGUGGAACUGGAGUUGUGUCAAAACUUAUUCUUGAAGCAUUUCCUCAUAUUAAAUGCACUGUUUUAGAUCAGCCACAAGUUGUGGCUAAUUUAUGUGGAACUCAAAAUUUGAACUUUGUUGGUGGUGAUAUGUUCAAAUCUAUUCCUCCUGCAGAUGCUGUUUUACUUAAGUGGGUUUUGCAUGAUUGGAAUGAUGAGCUCUGCUUAAAGAUAUUGAAGAACUGCAAAGAAGCUAUUUCUGGAAAAGGGAAAAAAGGAAAGAUAAUAAUCAUUGAUAUAUCAAUUGAUGAAACAAGUGAAGAUCAUGAAUUAACCAAGCUGCAAUUGAACUUUGACUUGGUAAUGAUGACUCUACAUAAUGGGAAAGAAAGAAACAAGAAAGAAUGGAAGAAACUCCUAUAUGAUGCUGGCUUCACCAAUUACAAGAUUACUCCCAUAUUUGGCUUCAAGUCUCUCAUAGAAGUUUAUCCUUAAUUUUAAGCAGUUUUGGUGCAACUAAGUUAUUUGCAAAUUCAUUAAGUCAAAUUUGUAGUGUUCAUUGUUGCCAUUUUGUAUUGAUUUUUUUUUUUUUAUGGUUGUAUUGAGUGUUUAUUGUUUCUUAUUA